AUGCUGGGGCGUAGCUCGGCUUCCACUUUAUUGGUGGUGGUAUCUUAUCUCUCAUUUCUGGCUCUACUCUUCUCGCCGAUUAAUGCCUAUUCGCCUCUCUCCGACAAUACCUUACGAUCGUUACCCCGUCCAGGAAACGACUUCGAUAUACACAAUGGCGCAAUCCUUGCUCCAAUUUUACGCCCUCGAGUCCCUGGUACACCAGGGUCAACAGCCGUACUCGAGCACUUCGUAAACUUCUUCCAAAAUAACUUACCGGAUUGGAGACUUGAAUUUCAGAAUUCUACAUCCAAAACACCGGUAACUGGUGAUAAGCAGAUACCAUUCGUCAAUUUGAUUGCCAUUCGAGAUCCUCCGUUCACUCGGGUUGGCGAUGUUAGCAGGCUUACUCUGGCCGCACACUACGACAGUAAACUCACACCGGAAGGGUUCAUCGGAGCGAUAGAUAGUGCAGCACCCUGUGCGAUGCUCCUGCAUGCUGUACGGAGCAUUGAUGCGGCAUUAACAAAAAAGUGGAAGGCGAUGGAGGCAAGUCCAACCGAUAAUUUAGACAUGGUUGCACAACAAGGUGUUCAAAUUUUCCUGCUUGACGGGGAAGAAGCAUUUGGCGAAUGGACUGCUACAGAUUCUCUUUAUGGGGCUCGUUCGCUGGCUGAACACAUGGAACAUGAAUACUACCCAGCACUUUCCACAUUUACAACUUCACUGGCCGCCAUCAGGCUAUUUGUGCUUCUAGAUUUACUAGGAAACAAAGACCCCAUUAUGCCAUCUUUUUUUGCAACUACGCACUGGGCAUACAAACACAUGGCCACACUUGAGCAACGGCUUCGUAAACUUGGACAAUUCAAAUCAGACCCAGAUCCCAAAAAGGGUGCAGCGAAGGUAUGGUUUACGGAGGGAAAUCGGCCAUCUGAUAAGAAAUUUAUGUCAUUCAUCUCGGACGACCAUAUACCUUUUAUGCAAAGAGGAGUUGAGAUCUUACACCUGAUACCUUGGCCAUUCCCAGAGGAUAUAUGGCACAAGAUAGCAGAUGACGCAGAUCAUCUCGACCCUCCUACCGUCGAGGACUGGAGCACACUUAUCACUGCUUUUAUGGCCGAAUGGAUGGAUCUUGAAGGGUUUUUCAACACAAAGAAACCGAAUCAGGCCAGGAUAGAUGAUGAGAAGUCGGAGCUGGUACCAUAA